AUGACGAUUGCGGCAGCACCAGGACACCAAACAGAUCGAUCAGCCUCUGUUUUUACCCCAACGGCGGCGAAGACGGUGGCUGUUCCAGUUCAGGUUCAAACCGGAGCUGUGAUUUCCGAAGGAUUAGGGAAAGAUGCGUUAAUCUCGUGGUUUAGAGGCGAGUUCGCGGCGGCGAACGCGAUAAUCGACGCGAUGUGUUCGCAUCUCAGGAAAACCGGAGGAGGAGACGACGGAGAUUCGGUUUCUGGAUCGGAAUACGAUUCUGUUUUCGCCGCGAUACAUCGCCGGCGUUUGAAUUGGAUCCCUGUUCUUCAGAUGCAGAAGUAUCAUUCGAUCGCUGAAGUCGCGAUCGAGCUUCAGAAAGCGGAAGAUCUGAGAGCGAGGAAAAUAGCUAAGGCGGCGGCGAAGGAGGAGGAGGAAGAUCUGAGAGAGAAGAAAACAGAGACGGAGGAAACGGUGACGGAGGAGAAGAAAAGUUGUUUUAACGGCGAGAAAGUAACGGAGAAUGGAGAUGUAGACGACGUGGAAGAUGAUUCUCCGAGUAGUGAUAUCACUGAUUCAGGUUCUCAUCAAGAUGUUCAUCAAACUGCUGCUGCGGAAACACCACAGAUUAUAUGUCAAAGCCAUGAAGAUUGUGAUGCACGUUCAUGUGAGAUUAAGCCUAUCAAAGGCUUUCAAGCCAAGGAACAAGUGAGAGGUCACACUGUGAAUGUUGUCAAAGGACUAAAGCUGUAUGAAGAGUUACUUAAAGAAGAUGAGUUAUCUAAAUUGAUAGACUUCGUUGCUGAACUCCGCGAAGCUGGUCAGAACGGGAAGCUUUUAGGUGAGAGCUAUAUUAUGUUCAACAAACAGAUCAAAGGGAACAAGAGAGAGCUGAUUCAGCUUGGUGUCCCAAUUUUUGGCCAUGUUAAGGAUGAAAACUCUAACGACAGCAACAACUCUGUUAACAUCGAGCCGAUUCCACCACUUCUUGAGAGUGUCAUUGAUCACUUUGUCACAUGGAGACUUGUUCCAGAAUACAAGAGACCAAACGGCUGUGUCAUCAACUUCUUUGAAGAGGGUGAAUACUCACAGCCUUUCCUCAAACCACCUCAUCUUGAACAACCCAUCUCAACUCUUGUCCUCUCUGAAUCAACAAUGGCCUUUGGACGCAUUCUCUCUAGUGACAACGAAGGCAACUUCAGGGGACCUCUAACGCUUUCUCUCAAACAAGGGUCUCUCUUGGUGAUGAGAGGAAACAGUGCGGACAUGGCAAGGCAUGUAAUGUGUCCAUCACAAACCAAAAGAGUAAGCAUCACAUUCUUUCGUGUACGCCCUGAAACAAACCAUCAUAGCCAUUCACAACCCAACAGUCCUCAAAACGACGGUGUAAUGACAAUGUGGCAACAACAACCAUGUCACUACGCAAUGACACCAACUCCAUUUCUCAAUGGCUAUGAUCAUUCAAUUGAAAUGAUGCCGAAACUCGGAGUCCUUCGUCCUCCAAUGGUUAUGAUGGCACCACCACCGGUUCAACCAAUGGUACUACCAAGUCCUGGUGUGAUGGGAACAGCAAGUGGUACCGGCGUUUUCUUGCCAUGGGCUUCGGUUAGCUCAAGGAAACAUGUGAAGCAUUUGCCUCCACGUGCGCAGAAGAAGCGAUUACUUCCUCUUCCUCCUGCUGCUGCUACUUCUUCUCCAGCUGGAGAAUCAACGUCUGAGCCUGUGAUCACUGUAGGUGGAGCCUGA